AUGUCUCGAUCGGGUACCACCCUCUAUGUCACUGGUUUCGGCCAUGGCACCCGUGCUCGCGACCUUGCCUACGAAUUCGAACGCUACGGCCGCUUGGUCCGUUGUGAUAUCCCAGCGCCGCGUACUCAAUCGAGCCGCCUCUUCGCGUUUGUCGAAUACGAAAGCCGCCGUGACGCGGACGACGCCUACCACGAGAUGCACAACAAGCGCAUUGGGCGUGACGACCUCCUGAAAAUCGAGUGGGCUCGCACUCCGCCUUCUGCAUCAUGGAGAUUUGAAUCCGGUCGUGAAUCCGGCCGUGACUCUGGUAGGGAGUCUGGCCGUGAACGUCGUCGCUCACCCCGCCGCGGUCGCUCUGUCUCACCGCGUCGCCCUCGUGACUACUCUCCCGGCGUGAGGACCGAUACGAAAGAGACUACGAACGUCGCGAAGAUCGAGACUACGAUCGUCGGGACCGUGAUUAUGAUCGAAUCCGUGACCGGGACCAUGACCGCAGAGACCGUGAUCGCGAACGCUCCCGACGACCGGGAGAGACGCGAUGACGACCGUGAAAGACGUGAGGAUGACCGAGAGCGCCGGGAUGACGGAGAGAAUGUUCCCAAUGGCGAAGACAGGAAAGGUGUGUCAAUGAUCCGGUUACCUGACGAGAAGUCGUACUCACAGCGAACAGUACCUCUGGAUCCCGUUCCCUCUGCUCAUGACGAGCUUGAUACUGCUGAGUAG